GGAGACAAAACUUGGCGAGAAGCUCAAGAAGAUCACAUACUACAGGUGCGCUAGGAAUGCAAGGGGUGAACAUGAAGCUUUUCGCGUUCGUGAUCGGGGCACUUUUCGUGUCCCGGGCUUGCGCCCAAGCGGCGGCGAUGAGGGGCCACAUCGUGUCCUGCUCCGGAUGAAAACUAAACAAGCUCCCCGAGGCCAAGAAAUUCCUCAAGAAUCCCGAGCACGCCGCAAGCUACGAGGAUAUCGAAGUAGAAUUCAAGGCCGGCAAGCCGCCGGUGUUGACCCUUUUCGACAAGGCCUCCGGGGAGGAGACGGAGAGCAUCAACCUCGAGAAGUUUACCAUCGAUGAGAUGCACGAGCUUCUCGUGUCUAGGGGAUUCGUCCGCCGUGCGGAUGCCGCGGACCUCGCCGAGGUGAAGGCGAAGGAAGCCAUCGCUGACGAAGCCGCCGCGAAGCAGAAGAAGGAACGGGCCGAGGCCGCUGCCAAGCGCAGGCUAGAGAGGGAGAACAACAGACCGGACAAGGGGGCCGCCAAGGCCCAUCAAGCGGAAGGUCGCGCCGCUAUGGCCGAGAAGCGCAAAUUUGACGCCGCGAAGCGGAAGGCCAGGGAAAGCGAGGCCGGCGGCAGCGGAGAGCUGUAGAAGGGGCGGCUGUCCCCACCUCUUCUAUGUCAGCAUUGAGCGAGAGCUUCAUGUUUUCGGUCGUUGACUUAGCCGACCACAAGCUGUUUUCUCUCGGGGGAUGUUUGGCUUCCGUAAGAGCAUCAUAUGCAAUGGCGUUACCGCUGGCCACACUCACCGAGAGCUUGUUGUUGAUGCUGUCGACCGACAGCACCGCGUGUGCUGGUAGAUCGAGUCCAUGUAGCUCUCUCCCUCCGCAAGAAACCCUUGAACCAACGACCGUCUCUGAGGAACUUUCUUUGAGCGUAAUGACGGAUGCACCUGCAUAAACCCUUGUCCAUGGGGAUCAGGGCAUCUUGAAGUGUCUCGAAGGACUUUCCGGCGGCGUUAUU